AUGGAAACUGCAGAGCCCGUGUCUUACGAAUUUCCCGGGCAUCCAGUGGGCGCCAUGGCUUCUCGUCGCAUUCUCAACCCCCACAUGAGUUCUAACUACUUCUAUCCUACGGCCACCUCGUUUCCUCUGUCAUUCCACUCGUCUUCUACUGCUCCGUACAGCUUUGGUCAUUCUCAACAUCCUCAACACCACCCGCCUCCUCUCAGCAACCCUCAUCAGCAUCACCAUGCUCAGCAGCAACAACAGCAGCCACAGCCACAGCAACCAACGCUGCCACCAGCACCAUCUCAACCCCAUACCAGCUCGUACCAACCGCACUUCUUCGUCCCGGCUCCUCAACAACCACCGCUUCAUCCGCAGCCCGUUCGACUGUCGUCAGAAUCACCGCCGUUCCAGGGAGUUCCCGACAUCCGACCAGCCAAAAAUGCCAUCAAUCAAGUGGGCAAAGACUCAUUGGCAAAGGCCAUUUCUGCGUCUCAACAAACCACUAACGGAGCAGCAUCACAGGACAAGUCUGCCAGCGAGAUUGAUUUCUCUACGAAUGUCGAUGUCCUUAUGAAGGCCAUCCAGUCCCGGGCUAGUUCUGAGCCAACAACAACUCAGCAGUCUUUGCCUCCGUUGCAGCAUUUGACUCACGGGAAUGCCGGUGUUUUCUCCCCCCCGAGUUAUCCUAUGCCUGUGGCGUCAUCUAUGACUCCUCGUGGGGGCUUGAUGGUUGACGAGCCGAUGUCCCGGUCUGGGAAGAAACGAAAGUACACCUGUACGCUUCCGCACUGUGGGAAGAGUUUCGCCCAAAAAACUCAUUUGGACAUCCAUAUGAGAGCGCACACUGGAGACAAGCCUUUUUUCUGCAAGGAACCCGGCUGUGGACAACGAUUCUCGCAACUAGGCAAUCUGAGGACUCAUCAACGCCGUCACACCGGAGAAAAGCCCUUCUCGUGUGAGGUCUGCCACAAACGCUUCGCCCAACGAGGAAACGUCCGCGCACACCAGAUCACCCACAGGGAAGAAAAGCCCUUCAGAUGUCUCUUGGACAACUGUGGAAAGCAGUUUACCCAGCUUGGUAACCUCAAGUCCCACCAAAACAAGUUUCACGCUUCCACCCUUCAGACCCUGACCGCCAAAUUCGCAACCACAGUCGAUGGAGAUUUUAUGAACCCGCAGGACCGAGAAUUAUGGGGCUACUUUGCCGCGCUAUACAAGAACAGUAACAAGGGGAUCAAGGGCCGGGGCAAGGAUCGCAAGAUCUCGCCUUCUUCCAAGUCUUCUUCAUCCGUGUCCUCGGGAAGACGAUCCCAGGCCAAUGACCAUCACCAGAUGCGUCGGGAGAGCUAUGGGUACGCCUCUUCGACGUACACAGGGAGCAGUGACGAGGAUGACAUGGCGCAUUACUAUUUGGCUAGGAGGGAGCAUUAG